AGCUGCUUCGAGCGCACAAACUCACCAAAAACGACCAACUUCAGCUACACCAUGGUGGCCGGUAACGUUCGGAUGUACGUUGCGUGCAGCUCCGUGCUUUAUCUCAAGUUCCUGCUCGUCACCUUUAUCCAAGGUCCCAUGGCAUUCAAGUCGGGCAGCCGUCCGCCCGAAGAUGUCCGACUACCGAUUGCUGAAGGUCAAGAACAGAACUACGGACUGGUCCAGACGGACGACCAGGUCGUGAUCAAGGCACGUGAGCGAGUUCAUCGCUGGCAGCGCAUCGUCGCGAACGAUUUGGAGUCUAUUCCAUUCGCGUUAUUCGUCUUCGGCGGAGGGAUCUUGGCCGACAGCAACGACGUCGUGCACGCCAGCGCCUUGAUCGUCUACACGGUGUCGCGUUGCCUGCACACGUACAUGUACGCGAACGCGAUUCAGCCGCAUCGCUCCAACUGCUGGUUUGUUGGCGUCGCGGCCACGAUCGCUGGACUAGUCAAUGCGAUCGUUGCGAUCGCGUAA